AUAGUGGGGCGCGGGUAGGAUGGUCCAGAGGAUGAGUGGCUGAGAGAGAAAGGGUGGGGUCCCGGCUACCCAUUCGGUAGCAAAUGCUGGUAACCCGUCGCAAGGUCAAGAUCAGUCGGUUAAUCCCAUCCAGUCAGCCGAGGGCCUUUGAGGGCCUUGCACCUUUUUUACAGUCUUUAAAAAAAAUUUACAAAAAAAGUGCUAAAAUUAUUAAGUGAACUUCUGAACGUGAGGCAAAAAUGUUUUAAUUUCAAAAAAUUGAAAAAUUUUCAUUGUUAUGGAAACUUGCGUUUUGAUACCUAAAGAAUUUUCCCUUGUUCUUGCGAGCGAUCAAAAAUCCUGUAAGAAUCAUAUUAAAAAUGAAACAAAUCAAAUAGUGACAGACGUGCGAAUAUCAGUUUGGUCUAACGUCUUUAUACCAGCGGGUACACUUAUUUAUCCAUUUCAAGGCUCAAUCAGGUUCGACAAGAUUGACUUGUAUUCCCUUCUCGAUGACAAUGAUAUUAGACGAGAGUAUGGUUGCUAUGAUGAGGUAUCAUUCACAAAUUAUAAUCUCAAUAAAAGACAAUGCAAUUGGAUAAGAUUUUUGAGAAUUGUACAAACCUACAACGAUCAAGUGAAUUUAAUAGGAACAAAAGUUAAAGGUGAACCAAUAUUUGAAGUAAUAAAAGAUGUACAACCAGAUGCUGAAUUAGUCGCCUGGUUUCUUCCAGCGAGUGAACAAGAUUUCCUCUUUAUCUCGCAUAAUGUAUGCUCAAGAAGUGCAAUAUACAGAUGUACAAUUGACUCAAUUUUAGAUGAGUCGCCCUUGGAUCUAUCGAUGGCAUUGCUGUCACAACAUUCCUCAUCGUCGAUUCGAAAUUCAUUUUACGAGGUCGACGAGUAUGAAUCCACAUCGGAAGAAUCGUCAUCGUCAACACUUUCGUUGGUUGGCGAUAAUCUCGACUGCAGCAUUCUGACUACCAUUAAACGUGGAGAGAGGGUUUUACUUCCUUGUGAGGUCUGCGGAAAGUCCUUCGAUCGGCCGUCGCUUCUAAAAAGGCACAUGAGAACUCAUACAGGGGAGAAACCACAUGUCUGUAUGGUUUGCAACAAGGGUUUCUCAACUUCGAGCUCGUUAAAUACGCAUAAGCGUAUACACAGCGGAGAAAAACCCCAUCAAUGUCUGGUCUGCGGUAAGAAGUUCACAGCAUCCUCGAAUCUUUACUACCAUCGCAUGACACAUAUAAAGGAGAAACCGCACAAAUGCUCCCAGUGUUCAAAAUCGUUUCCAACCCCCGGGGAUCUCAAGAGCCACAUGUACGUUCACAACGGACUAUGGCCAUUUAGGUGCCAUAUUUGUAGUCGUGGUUUUAGUAAACCGACUAAUCUUAAAAAUCACAUGCUUUUACAUCUUGGACGAUGUGCUAAUAAAAAAUUUAUCAAAACUUUGCCCGAUUUGUAACGAUUUUUUUUUUUUCGAAAUUAAUAACAAAAUUACCUCCAUGAAGUUGGCGUCGAAAAAUUAUUUUUCACAAGACCAAAAAUAUAAAAUAAUUUUUAAAAACUUUUUCGAUCCACCUUGGAAAAGUAUUUCUCACUGCAUUAUUUGAAAAAUAAAAAAAAAAAAAUUUUAAUUUUUGAUCCUGUAAAAAACAAUUUUUAAUUUCAUGGAGAUACAAAAUUUUUGAAUUCUUAUUUAAUAGGGAUUUUCUAAAAAUAGAUUAUUUUUGGUCAAUUUAUCGAAAUUAUUUUAUUACUUGAUUGAAAGGGAUUUGUAGAAAAAAAAUUGUAGGUUAUGUUUAGUAUGAUAGACCAAACAUAACCUAAAAUUUUUUUGCACCUUAAGGAGAUGUCGAUACUUGUCAGCCAUUUUUUUUUUUUUUUGUAAAAAGUAUCGCGACUUUGACAUGCCCUUAAGGUCCUUUCACUGGCGUUUAAAAUGUCGAAAUUUGAAGCUAUAUAAAAAAAAAAUUAUAUCUAUGGUUUAAUGAUAUUAAUUUGCAAUAUUGUUAUUAUGCUGUAAUACUGAAUAAUUGUAAAAUAUAUUUUAUAGAUUGAAUAUUUCAAUUUACGGUGAUGAUGUGUGAACAAUAUUUUUGUUCGUGAGAUUUUUUUUUUGUACUAGAAAAAAAGACAAAAUAAAUGUUAUAUAUUGAUAUAAA